GCUAGUGGUUCCACAAUCGACGCCACUCAAGAACUAUUAACUCUGUCAUUGUGCAACAUAUUUGGUUCCUUUUUUUCUUCGAUGCCUAUCACUGGAUCCUUUUCGAGAUCUGCAGUGAAUCAUGCCAGUGGCGUCCAAACUCCCUUUGGGGGAAUUGUAACAGGAAUCAUGGCCCUAUUAGCUUUGAGUUUUCUCACGCCUUACUUCGCCUACAUCCCAAAAGCCUCUUUGGGGGCUGUAAUAGUGAGUGCCGUCAUUUUCAUGAUAGAAUACGAAGUUGUGAGACCAAUGUGGAGAUCUAGUAAAAAAGAUCUGCUGUGCACGUUCGCUACAUUCAUAGCCUGUUUGAUCGUUGGUGUUGAAUACGGGAUUUUGCUGGGAGUUGGAAUAAAUCUGAUGUUCCUGUUACAUUCUUCAGCAAGACCCACAGUCUACGUAGAAAAAGCAAAG